GGAGGCAAUAGAGAUUUCCCAAAAGAUCUCUCGCAUUAAUCCCAGCUACACCAUAGAUACAGGGACGGAGGGAGAUUUAUUUCAUCAUCUAUCUUCUUCUUCCUAUUCUUCUUCAAGAGAGUUGUAUGUCACUUAUGCUGGGAUUUUAGUGUGGCCAUGAGUUGUGAUGAAUAACUUCAGUCUUGUCACACACUAAUUAGUAAGAUCAUUAAUCAUCACUUCAAAUGACCACUGUCAAAUUGAUUGAUUUGGUGUUUGAUGACUUGGUAAAUAUGAGCAUUCAUUUCUUUCCUUGAAAGAUGCGAGGGGAACAAUGGAGACUGAUACUCGGCAUUCUUUCUCUUCAAGGGCGAUCCGCAGAACAGACCGAAAUAAUCAAAGCCAGAAAAACAAAGAUGUUGAAGAUGGUUUUCUUUUUUCAAGCAGGUUCUCCCAAGAUGUUCCAAUGAAGAUUAUUUGGAAGAGGGGUUUUAUACGAUUGGUUCUUGUGGGAGGCAUCCUAUGGAUGUUACUCAUUCUUGUCGCAUUAUUAUUUCACAUAUGGUCAUGCCAAUCUUCUGUUGCUUUCAUUUCAGGUAUUUGUAGAAAAGAUAGCAAGGUGUUUAUCAUGUUGGACAAUAUGGGACUCGUUCCAAAACAACACCGCUGUCCAAUUCCUAUCAUGGAUGAUCCAAAUUCCAUAGUCAUUCCUGAGAGAGGAAUUUCCGACACGAUUCCUCAGAAGCUAUCAUAUUAUUUGGUGGACGAGCAUGUAAAGGCCGAACCCCAAUCUCCUCCACUAUUUGGAGGGCAUCAAAGCUGGAAGCAAAGAGAAGAUAGUUUUAAACUGAAUUCAACCAUGAAGGUGCACUGCGGUUUCAUGCAAAAUGGGGGUGCAGAGAUGGAUGCUGUAGAUGUAAAAUAUGCCAAGAAAUGUAGAUUCGUGGUUGCCUCUGGCAUUUUUGAUGGUUAUGAUACGCCCCAUCAACCUUCGAAUAUAAGCCUUCGUUCCCAAAAACUUUUUUGCUUUCUUAUGGUGGUAGACGAAAAGUCCCUUGAUUUCAUCAAGCAGAAUGUUAGUGUCAGAGAGGACAGGCAUGGGGGCAAAUGGAUUGGUAUUUGGCGAAUCGUGGUGCUGCACCAUCCUCCAUAUGAUGAGCCCAGAAGGAAUGGGAAGGUCCCGAAGAUUUUAACCCACAGGCUAUUUCCAGAGGCACAGUAUAGCAUCUGGAUCGAUGGGAAGAUGGAGCUUAUAGUUGAUCCAUUGCUUAUUCUUGAAAGGUAUCUCUGGCGUGUGAAGCGCACGUUCGCUAUUGCGCGCCAUAAACACCACCAAAGUAUUUACGAGGAGGCUGAUGCGAUCAAAAGAAGGAAGCGCUAUGCUCGGCCACUGAUCGAUCUUCACAUGAAAAUAUACCGUUUCGAGGGAAUGGAACCAUGGAAUCCAAUGAAAAAUACACUCAGCGAUGUGCCAGAGGGGGCCAUCAUCAUACGGGAGCACACCGCCUUAAAUGAUCUUUUCAGCUGCCUGUGGUUCAACGAAGUCAACCUCUUCACGCCGAGGGAUCAGCUAAGCUUCGGCUACGUUGUGUACAGGUUAGGCAGGUCCUUCAAGUUCUUUAUGUUUCCUAACUGUGAGUACAAUUCGUUGUUCAUAUUGCACAAGCAUACCAGGGAGCAUUCAUCCGUGGUCGAGUGGGUGAAGUCCUUGGAUGAAUUUCAAGGGAAUGCCACUGGACUGAAAGAGAGUAGGGGAGGUUUAGGCCUUUGGACUCCUUACCCUGGAGACCUGAAAUCAGUUGUACUUCCACAUGUUCCAAGGACAUCACAAGCUGGCUAAUGAAAAAAUAAGACAUGCAUUUUUUUUCCAAUUUUCCUUUAAUAUCAUGUUGUUGUGUUUUAAGACUUCUCUACCCAUCAAGAAGCUCCCGAUAUUUUGGUUGA